AUGUUCACUGGCAUCGUCGAAGAGAUAGGCACCGUCGCCGAGCUCAACCCCUCCGAUUCAACCGGCGGCACCUCCCUGACCAUCACCCUCCCGCCCUCCUCCUCCUUACUCUCCGAUGCCCAUCUCGGCGACUCCAUCGCCAUCAACGGCGUCUGCCUGACCGUGACCUCCUUCACCCCCUCUCCAACCCCGUCCUUCACGGUGGGCAUCGCGCCCGAGACUCUCCGCCUGACCAACCUGGGCUCCCUCACGACCCAGUCCCGCGUCAACCUGGAGCGCGCCGUGCGCGCCGACACGCGCAUGGGCGGCCACUUUGUGCAGGGCCACGUCGACACGACGGCCACCAUCCUGUCCAAGACGCCUGACGGCAACGCCGUCACGUUCCGGUUCGCGCCUAUGAGCAGAGAUGUGCUGCGGUACGUGGUGUACAAGGGCUUCAUCGCGCUCGACGGGGCGAGCCUGACGGUAACCAAGGUGGAUGACGCCGAGGGGUGGUGGGAGGUCAUGUUGAUUGCGUACACGCAGGAGCGGAUCGUGACGGCGGCAAAGGAGGUCGGCGACACGGUCAAUGUCGAGGUGGAUAUGACGGCCAAGUAUGUCGAGAAGAGCCUGCAAGGGUACUUGGCUGGGUUGGGGGAGGAGGGGAAAGGCGGACUGUUGGAAAAGUUUGUGGAGAGGGUUGUUAAGGGAGACUCGGCUUGA